AUGGCUGCCGCUUUUGAGCUGGCAGGCUCGGUCGGUAACGUCAGCAUGUGUUGUAGUGUUCGGUUUGCCAUGGUUAAGUGAAGUCGUUGUGAAGGGAAACGGAAAGAAAUGCUACUCCUUGCUCUCGUGACGCACUUUCUCAACAGUGUGGAUGCAAUUUACAGGUGUUUGGACGAUUUGUUGUUCUAUUUUUAGAUCCAUCGGAAAAUCAUGGAAUUUCUUUUUACACAGAAGGGAUUUGUAAAUCUUAGCGUAUAAUAGAAGCAUACCUACUGGCAUGGUAAUGAAAUUAGUUUUGAUGCACUUGAAUUUAUUGAGUAUUGAGCCUCCGAUGCAAUUAUUAUUAUUAUUGCCGUUAAUACAAAGAGGGAGUUAAUCGCAGGUAUUUAAUGCAACAUUGAUUCUAUAAUUUUUUGUCUAAUCUUCUAAACAUUUAUAAAUUUUGAUCAAAAGUAGUUUGUAAACAGUUUGCUUUAUGUAGUCUAUCAGUUCGUUUGGAAAUAAUUAGGCAAUCAAUGAUAUGUUGAAAACGUAUUUUUGCAGAUUAUUAUCUGUAAAUACUGCACUACCAGCAUUGUCUAAUAGAACAGACGAGAUAUGUGAGAAGCAUUGCAUUUUACGAGACUGUGAAAUAUCUAAACGAUAA